AUGGAUUACUCUUUCUAUGACCCCCGAUCACAGCAGUCGGGCUUCUCGCUGUACGGGCUGCCUACCCCCGACCAACCCCAUGCCCAACCAGACACCUUCGCCCCUCUGAAUAAUUACCAGAACUUCCCUGGCUUUGACCCCUCCUUCCCCGUCGACCCCUCCUUUGUGCCGGCACCACAUUCACCGCCAGAAUCGGUCAAGCACUCUGCUUCCAGCGAUGCUACCAGCAAUCAGCAUACACGCCCCACCUCAUUCGACGGCGAUGAAUCUCAAUUCGCCGACCCAACCUUAGGGAGGAGUAGCAGCGAGGAAAAAGAAUCAGCGCCCGCGCAAAGCAAGCGCAAGGCACAAAACCGAGCAGCCCAACGAGCAUUUCGAGAGCGCAAGGAGCAGCAUGUCCGCGAUCUUGAAGAAAAAGUAAGCAGCCUCGAACAAGCAUCCGACACCUUACAAGCCGACAACGAGCGCCUCAAGCGCGAGCUGGCCCGGUUCACAACCGAGAAUGAAAUCCUGCGCGCGACAUCACAACACGCCAGCCGCGGAAAUGCCAGUGCAAAUGAGAACCCCGAGCCAACUGUUACGGGCCCAAUGAAAUACUCCCCCACAGACUUUCAUGCUACAUUCAUGGCCGACGGGCCCCGAAGCCCGCAACACCGUCUCACCGUGUGUCCAAUCACUGGCGAGAAGCUGCUGGAUGCUGGUGCUACGUGGGAUCUUAUCCAGAAACAUGAGCUGUUUGAGCGCGGCCAGCUUGAUAUCGGUGAUGUCACGGAGCGUUUGAAGGGCAUGUCCCAGUGUGAUGGACAGGGACCUGCUUUUAUAGAGGGCCAGGUGCGUCGGGCUAUUGAGGAGAGUGCGGCUGUUGGUCGUGAUGAGUUGAUUUGA